UUUCUAUUCACAGAAAGCGGUAUCCUGUCUGCGACGCCAGCAUUUUUGACCAACUCUGCAGCUACUUGGGAAGACUUUCAACUGUGAAGUUGGAAAUUUCUCAAAAAUGGGCUUUGUGAAAGUCGUUAAAAGUAAGGCCUACUUCAAGAGAUACCAGGUGAAAUUCAGGAGAAGGCGAGAGGGGAAGACUGACUACUUUGCCCGUAAGCGCCUGGUCAUACAAGACAAGAACAAGUACAACACUCCCAAGUACAGGAUGAUCGUGAGGUUCUCCAACAGAGAUAUCUGCUGUCAGAUUGCUUAUGCCAAGAUUGAGGGUGACCAGAUUGUCAGUGCCGCCUACUCCCAUGAACUACCGAAGUACGGCAUCACAGUGGGACUGACAAACUAUGCUGCAGCCUACUGCACAGGCCUACUGCUGGCUCGCAGGCUGCUGAACAAGUUUGGUCUGGACCAGGUGUACGAGGGCCAGGUGGAGGUGACGGGAGAUGAGUUCAACGUGGAGAGUGUAGACGGCCAGCCGGGGGCCUUCACGUGUUUUCUAGACGCCGGGCUCGCCAGGACGUCGACGGGCAACAAAGUGUUCGGAGCACUAAAGGGCGCCGUUGAUGGUGGCCUCUCAAUUCCUCACAGCACAAAACGUUUCCCAGGCUAUGACAUGGAGAGCAAAGAGUUCAACGCAGAGAUGCAUCGCAAACACAUCAUGGGCAUGAACGUGUCGGACUACAUGAGCUACCUGAUGGAGGAGGACGAAGACACCUACAAGAAACAGUUCUCCCGCUUCAUAAAGAACGGCGUCACGCCAGACACAGUAGAGCAGAUGUACAAGAAAGCACACGCCGUCAUUAGAGAGAACCCAGUCCACGAAAAGAAACCCCAAAAAGACGUCAAGAAGAAGAGGUGGAACCGUGCCAAACUCUCGUUGGCACAGAGAAAGGACCGCGUUGCCCAGAAAAAGGCCAGCUUUCUACGAGCACAGGAAGCAGAGGCGGCGGAUGGUUAGACGGACCACUGGCUUAAUAAAUGUAUUGCAAAUGA